GCGACCGAAAUGCCUGCUCCUGACGCCGGUUUUAAUUUGAAACUACCAAGCGGACGUUGUUUUUGUUAUUCUCUUGUACCUCGACGCUUCGGCGGGCAACGUUGUACCUGAUGGUCUGAUACGGCAUUGUUAAAUGUUAAAUGAGAGACACUUCUGAAAAGAGCUCGCUUUACCGCAUAUGACACAAGUGUGAGCCGCUCAGCUUCUCACUUUGAAACAAGAUGUUUGGCUUCCACAAGCCGAAGAUGUACCGGAGCAUCGAUGGCUGCUGCAUCUGCAGGGCCAAGUCGUCCAGCUCCCGCUUCACUGACAGCAAACGCUACGAGAUCGACUUCAAGAGCUGCUUUGGGUUGGGUGAGGUGCGCUAUGGGGACAUCUGUAACGCCUGUGUCCUCCUGGUCAAGAGAUGGAAGAAGCUUCCAGCUGGAUCCAAGAAGAACUGGAAUCAUGUAGUCGAUGCCAAAGCUGGGUCGAGUGUGAAGGCCACACUGAGGACAAAGAAGAUGAGGAAGAAGCUUAGACCGAGCCGGAUUGGUCGGGUGCAAAGCGAGCUGAAGAGAAACAACUCAGACGCCCACAGCACCACCUCCAGUGCAUCGCCCGCUCAGUCACCCAGCUAUAGCAACCAAUCAGACGAGGGCUCGGACACCGAGCUUUCACCAGGCCCUGCCACUUCCCGGGCCUUCUCCUUCCUGGACCUCACCUACUGGAAAAGACAGAAGGUGUGCUGUGGGAUUGUGUACAAGGGACGCUACGGAGAAGUCAUCAUCGAUCCCCACCUGUACAAGCCCUGCUGUCAGAGGAAGCCAAAACUGCAACAGGAAGAGGAAGAGGGUGGGGAGAUGGAGGAAGAAGAGGAAGAGCAGGUAAUGGGAAAGAUUGCAGUGAGUGUGUCACCACCCCCCAUACCCAAACAAGAGGAGGAGGUGAAGGAGCAGCUGGGUGAAGGAGCAGCUGGGUGAUGGCAGUACAGAAUUUGUACAGUCUCUUGAUGGACAGACAGACAGUACGAGACACUGACAGAUGCCACUCAACUAAACAUACAGUAACACAAAUGGCCCAAAGAAAGCCUCACUGUCAUUUUUUCUUUUCCAAGCUGCUGCAUCUCUUCCAGACUGUAGCUCUCAUACCAGCUCUGAUCCUUGGACUGGUUCCAUUUUCACUGUCUUGGCUUGCUAUGAGAUUCUGUCUGUUUGUAAAUACUUUAUUUUGCUCUGUCUGAAACGCUGGAUCGAUGAAUGCUGCAUGGAACCUGAAGACCUCUGGAAUUCCCCCUUUACUCUCAGGAAGGAGCCAUACAUUGGAAAGCAGCCUUCCACUCUGUCUUUCCUUUCCUGACUCAACAAGCUUGUUCUCAAAUGUUGCUCUAUUUAAUGAUUGUGUUGUAAUGAGCGUAUACAUUUCUAAAAUGUUGAUGCAACAGUAUCUAAUUUCUUUAAGACAGAAACUUUUCUUGCUAAUUUGUCAUGUGACACACUCCUCAAACAACACAAACUGCCAGUCCCACAAGUCCCACCCUUGUUUUGCUCUGUGCUCCAGUAGAGCUCAACAGUAAGGUUCUGAAGUAAAAAUCCCAUUCAUUGUGUGUGUGUAGAGGAUUUCAAUUAUUAGUCAUAAUGUCGUAACCAUCCAAGCUAGCGUUACCGUGAGCUAUGAGGCUGUGAAACAAUGGUAUAUGCUCCUGUAGAAGUCCAUAUGAUAUCAACCUUGUUUUAAGAAACAUGUUAUUGCAUUGAGAAGUACUACAGUACCCACAAUCCUGAAGAACAACAGUGAUGUGUCUGAUUGGUAAAGCUACUGAGUUACUCUUCUAAAAUCUUUUUUUACACUCAACCGGUUAGCUACUAGUGAGUUACUGCUGCCACUGAACUGAACGAUGGUUUUCAUUAUGUUUACCAAAGAACAAAGAUUUCUCUUUCUGACCAGCUGCAUCUUUUUAGAGAACCACUACAAGUCAGUAUUUGUUAAAGACAACACAUACAGGGUUGUGGUGAGCUUUACAGGCUGGCUAGUUAGGUAGCUAACAUUAGCUAACACGAGUCUACAUAGAACUGCAUGAGUCGCACUAAUCAUGUUGUUGCACUACAUACACACACACAACACAAACUACAAUAUAUUCCAACACUAUUAUGAUAUAAUCACAAUGGUUCAAUUCAAGGAGAAGUACACUAUUAUUGUGAACAUCCUCAAUGGUUUCUGGGAUGAGUAGUUCCUUCACUCACUUAAUAAUUAUGUACAUAGUCUUGUACUUUAGCAAGGUUUUUUGUUUUUUGCUCUGAAUCAAAUGUUUUAUGGUCACAGUUCAUCUCAUAGUGGGUUAGGUAAAAGUCUAUAAAACAACUUUCUGUAACGUCAGUGGAGUAAAUUAAAUUCACUUCCAGAGCUGUUCAGGAAGCGGGCGUUCACUGAGCUCUAGCAAGCUUUGAUCAUCUUUCUACUUUCCUGUACUUAGAUAUGCUACGUGCUAGACUCUCUGUUGAAAAGAAGCAUAUUUUGAAGAUGUUUGAGAGAUACAAGCAACACACAGUACCGCUAUAGUCACAUCAAAAGGGGUGGGACUCAAUGGGCUAAACAUCAGCAUUAAAAAUAUAUUCAUUUGUAAAGCUGAUGCUGGCCAAUACGAGUAAUAGUUGGGUGUAGCUUUACCGGAAAAUGUCCAUCUAAAGUCUGUAAAUAAUGAAAGACAAUUAAAAUGAUAUAUAUUUUAAAUCAUUGUUGUUGUAAGGGAUAGAUUGGUGGUGCACAUACAGAAAUAGCACAAACAGAUAUAUUCAGGGAGGCAUCCAGCACAUGCAGCUGUUAUAUCAAAGUGUCCAGUGAACCAUUAUAAGCUAAACAAACCCUCAGGAAGACUGUGGCAGCAACACAGAAUGAAACACUUCCUGCACUGUUGUUGCCACCUUUCAACAGCUUUUCAUGUUGGAAGAGGCUCAGGCGCUAUUUAUAUUCUAAUGAUAUGUCAUAAAAUAAGCCCUGUUUUUCCACAGACCAAUAAAGCUGUGAGGAUGUGCCCUUUCAUGAUUAAUAGAUGUUUAGUUUGAGGCCUUCAGAGGAAUGUUUAAUGUUCUGUGGCUGUUUGCAGAACUGCUUUCCACUCGUUAUUUUGGGGGCUAAAUGUGCCUCGAUAUGAUGUUGUACAGCUUGAAUGUGUUGUAUAUUUUUGUAUAUAAACUAAUGAAUGAAAACAAGCAUCUGUACAGAUUGGAUGUCCUCAGUUUGAACCAUGUUCUGUGACUUUUCAUUAAUAAUUACAAAGUGAAAAUUUCAGGUGGGCCAAUCAGAUUUCUGGGACACACGUUGGUCUCUUGGGGUAUUGUUUCAUAAUUUGUUGCUGUUCGUUUCUAAAGAUGCCAAGACAGUGCUUCCAGGUAUGUGCAUGUAUCUGAAAUGUUGUAAUAUUUCCUGCCACAAGGUGAGGUCUCAGAGUUUCAGGUAUGCCAGUAAACAGACUCACUGACAGUAACUGCAUUGUUAACUGUUAAAGCAUCACGCUGUAAGUUCAGUGCUGCCCCUCAGUAGUUCAGUUGUUGAGGAGCCGUACACAUGCUGAACAAUGUACUUCAUUCAGUUUAGCAGCUUUUGUAAUUCUACCAGAGCUUUACUCUCAGUACUGAAGCUCAUUUUGUUUUUUUUAGAAAUGAUAUGUUUAAAAUGGAAGAAAGUGUCUGUCAUGGCUUACUUGUGGCAUGUCUAUUUAUUAACUUAUCCUUAAGAUAUUAUUUUCACUACACUGAAAUGGAUUUCUCUUUGUGGGCAUACACACAAUUCAGGAUGUCUGUACAGUGCUGCCAUAUGAUUGUAUUAAAAACUCUACUUUUGUUCUUUAAACAUUGUAUUUAACAGUUCUAGUUUAGAGAGAUUCUUGUACUCCUGAUAUUUUCAGUAGAGAUGUGACGUGGAUGUACAUUUAUUUGUCUUUAGUUCAUUAGCAUGUGAUGAAGGUCUGCACAGAUCUAGAGAAGAUAUUUUAGUAGUCCGUCUCCGUCUGUAUGGUUAUUUUGCAGAGAGAAAUGCACUGUUCCUUUCUCAAAGUUUGUAUUUUUAUACACACUUGCUAUUUCUACUUGUUCAAUAAAUGUCAUAUGUCAUGUUU